AGCCAGCAUGACGCUCUCCUGUCUCAGUACGAGGACCAUUUAAAAACACUUCCCCAUCAGGUCUCCCUGUUACUUCCGGGGAGGAUGACCAUGGAUGUGACUUUCCUGGGGACCGGCUCGGCCUACCCGUCGCCUCACCGCGGGGCCUCGGCCCUGGUGCUGCGGACGGAGGGGGACUGCUGGCUGUUCGACUGCGGGGAGGGGACCCAGACCCAGCUGAUGAGGAGCCCGCUCCGAGCCGGGCGAAUCUCCAAGGUUUUCAUCUCCCACUUGCAUGGAGACCACCUGUUCGGCCUGCCCGGUCUGCUCUGCACCAUCAGCCUCAACACCAACCCCGACGCUCAGCAGGCCCUGAACUGUGUGGACAUCUACGGGCCCCGGGGCCUCCGGCACUUUCUCAGGGUGACACUCGGCCUCACGGGGUCACAGCUGCUCUUCCCUUAUGCAGUUCAUGAGCUGGAGCCCACAGCUGACCAGAGUCCAGAGGAGGGACAGCUCAGUCUGGAGAUGACGGCAGAGAAGGGACCUCUGCACCCGCAGGAGCGACCGGGCAGGACGAUCCCUCUGGACGUCUCUAGUGACAGUUACCUCCUGUUUGAAGACAAGAAGUUUGUGGUCAAGGCGUUCAGGCUGUUCCACCGUGUCCCUUCCUUUGGUUUUUGCAUUAAGGAACACGAUCGUCCCGGAAGACUGAAAACUGAAGUACUGAAGGAACUGGGCCUGAAACCAGGGCCUCUCUAUGGCCGUCUCAAAGCUGGCGAGUCCGUUACUUUGGGAAGUGGGCGUGUGGUGCUGCCUACUGACGUGCAGGAGGAAUCCAUUCCAGGCAGGAAAGUCUGCAUUUUCGGAGACUGCAGCUCAGUUCUCGGGGAAGGAGCGCUGAGUCUGUGCUAUGGAGCGGACGUUCUGGUUCACGAGGCAACUCUGGGGAAUGAGCACCAGGAGAAAGCAGUGGACCACGGACACAGCACGCCUGGCAUGGCAGCAGCAGUGGCAGGUGCUUGCAGUGCACGGAAGCUGGUGCUGUACCACUUCAGUCAGAGGUACAAACCCAGCUCCCUGCAGAAAGAGGGAGACGAGGACGACGUGUCAGAGCUGAAGCGACAGGCGGAAGAGGCUCUGCAGGAUAGUGGUGUAGAAGUGACUCUGGCUGAGGACUUGCUGACUCUGCCUAUUCCUCUCAGGAGACCGAGAUGAGGAAUAACCAGUUGUCAGCAUUAGGGAGGCCCCAGUGUGGAAAUGUUCCCACUUGGUAAUAAACUCGUGACAACACCAGUUUUACUGAUUACACUUGACAUUUAACAAGAAAAGACGUGUUUUGGCUCAGUGUCUCUACAGCGUUCCCCGAGUGAGGUUCAAGGAAAAUUAAAAGCAUUCAAUUCCAAACAAAGGCUUUUUAAAUAGAGGCGUCAGUAGUAAGUGAUUAAGUCAGAAAUGUUUGUCAUUCCUAUCACAAAGCUUCAUAAAACAACAAGUUCUGCAAUGUUGAGCUCAGCUUUGUUGCCUCCCUCAGCUUUCUCUCUCUGCUGACUUCGUCUUUUUGGAAGAAAUCUCAAUCUUUGCACCCGAAACAUGAAUUAUAGUUAUCAUCUCAUUACACAAAAUGAGGCAACUUUUUACUUGAUGUUACUUUUUAAAACAUUUUAGUAACGUUUGCUUUUAGCAUUUGCGUUGGUUACUAUUUGUUUGUUUUGCUGGCUGUUUAGAUUGGAUAUGUCUCUCAUUCUCUCUCUCACCAACCUGCAUCGUGUUAUAAACAUGCAGCUUAAGUUGUACCAUGGCACAGUAAUGUGCUAUUUUAGGGGGCCAUUCUACAUACAUCAGUUAUGAGCCUUUGAGUCUGUUCAUGUGAGUUUGUAAAUAAAACCACAUCCUUCACAACUUCCUUAUGAUGAUAAAAGAACAUGCGUUCAUCUCUGAACAUUUUCCAGAGCUUUAUUUCUGGAUCUGUACACAAGGUAUUAAAGUACAACAGAAAAUACAAAAUAAUGUUUAACAAAAGAAAAAAAACAACUCAAUGUUUAUGUACAAUUCUUAUAAACAAUAAAGAUAGCUUCUUGAACAAUUCUCA